CGACACCGCUGUUCACCUCAAUGGAGCGAGCGCUGAAGUCCCGGCGGCACAACUCCAUCCCGGAGACGCGAGGCGCGUGACAGAGCACACACCGGCGGGACGUCUCGGCGCGCAGGUCCCAGGAUCCGUUUCUGGGAGAGGACACUGGUUACUAGUUACGGCCGAGGCAUCUGAGUUGAGAACACCAGCGCACCGUUUACCUGGGGCAUUAAACUCUGCAAGGAUAUACCGCACAGCCCCACACCACGCCAGGAGCCGGAGCCCGAGGAGCACCUACAGCCAUGGGAGACGUGGUUUCUUCUCACCUGGAUGAGACCAAGCGGGAAAUGAUCACAGUUCGAACCAGGGACGUGAUGGGGGAGUUUGGCCAGCUGUACGAGCAGCAGUAUGCGGUGGCGCUCUUCAACAGCGUCCGCUUCGAGAUCGAAGGAGGAGGGGGGACACAGUCACAGCUCCUUCACAGAAAGGACCCCCUCGCAGACAAGUCCAUCUUCUCGGGCAGCCUUUUCCAGUACCUGGAGGAGAACAGGAAAUGGAGGAAUCGCUUCGUGUUUGUGGCUGACACCUACACAGUCAGCCUCUAUGAGAGCAAAGUAGCACACGAGCGAGGCCUGCACCCCAAAACGACCAUCAGCUGUGCCGGAUACAAGGCCCUGACCUCCAUGGAGGAGUACAUGGAGAUGGUCAACGCCAGUCUCCCAGGCAUCAGGGCCAAGGUGAGCAGCAGUCCCUUUGUGAAGUGUGCCACGGCCUUCCCCCUCAUCCUGUGGCACCCCUACGCCCGCCACCACUACUUCUGCGUGCUGACGGAGAAGGAGCAGAGGAAGUGGCACGCCGUGCUACAGGACUGUAUCAGACACACUGACAACGGUCUGUCGGAGGAAUGCAGGGUCCAGACCCCGGCCUUCAUCGACUCAGUGCGACUUCACAGGCAAGCCAAAGGACACUACGGGACCUGGGAUAUGAUGUGUGGAUCUCCUCCACAAAUCCUUGCUAAUAUGGUCAUGGAGAACCUUCACCCAGAGCUGAGAGACCUGAUUGGCCCUCGUCUGAAGGGGAAGAUGCAGCAGAGACAGAGAAACUGGAUGCUGAUCUCUGAUGCAGUCUACAAGCAAGUGUUGUCCCAGACCACCUCUCAGUACGGGGCCUUGAGUCAAGCCUGCGAGGCCCAGAGACCUCCCCUGGAUGCUUCCCUUCGCACAGACAUGGACCAGAUUGUCACCUCCAAAGAACACGUCGGCGGAAAGAUGCGGGCGCUGGUGUUGCCUAAGGCGGAGCAGCUCCUGCGGAGCAAUGUCCAACCCUACAUCAGCUCCAUACUGGAGGCUCUGAUGGAGCCAACCAGCCGAGGUUUCUCUGAGGUCAGGGAUGUCCUCUUCAGGGAGAUGGUGGAGGUUAGCAAGAACACUCUCAAUGAGGAAGGGAAGGACAAACUUGGAGAGUACAUGGAGAGGAUGUCCAUGCUAGCGUUUCACCCCGUGAAGAUGAAGAGCUGCUACGAGAAUGUGGAGCAGCUGAAUCUGGAGGGCCUGCAGCAGAGAUUUGACGUCUCCAGCCCCUCGGUUUUUGUCCACAGGGCUCAGAUCUUGAUGCGGGAGCAAAUGGACAACGCGGUGUACACGUUUGAACAGCUACUCCAACAGUCUUUGGAGAGGCAACGGGGAGAGGACCUGUGUAAGACGAUCCAACACUGUCAAGACAGAGUUCUCAAGAAAUAUGAUUACGAUAGCAGCACAGUGCGAAAGAAGUUCUUCAGAGAGGCUCUGCUUCAGAUUAUCAUCCCAUACAUGCUGAAGCAACUGUCUCCAUCCUACUUGUCUGAGCUGCCUCGUUUCCAGGAGCUGAUCUUUGAGGACUUCUCUCGUUUCCUGCUGGUGGAGAACAUUUUUGAGGAGGUGGUGCUGCAGUCAGUCACCAAGGACAUCAUGAUGGCUGUAAAGGAGGCAGCCGUUCAGAGGAGACACAACCUUUACAGGGACAGCAUUGUUCUGACUAACAGUGACCCCAACCUGCACCUGCUUGGGGAAAACCCUUCUGUGGACUGGGCAGCCAAAUUUGGAUCAGGGAGUGGUGAGCCAGAGAAUAAUCUGGGUGGAGGUGUUGAAGGAGGUGGAUCUGGGAGACGGCGCAGGCAGGUGGUUUCCAUGAUCCAGCUGGAUGGCGUACCUCUGCCCUAUGAGUCUUGUCUGGAAGUCCCAGGGGUUGAACUUAUCCCUGAGGAGGAUGCUGAGUACUCUGAUGUCAAAGCAGAUAACCCAAAGGAGGACAAGGAGGCACCCGAAAUACCUGAAGAGCCUAAAUCCCCCGACAGCGUGCAUGAGAUCAGGGACUUGAUUAAUCCUGUGUUGGAGGUCGUGGUGCCAGUUUCAGUAGAAAACCAGCCCAGAUUGACCAAUGGCACAGAGCAUGGAUCAGGAACGACCACCUCGGAUGAUGGGGAAACGAAGGACGUGACACUCAACACCACCGUGAUGGAUGACAUCCCAAGGAAGUCACCCCGAGACGAGACAUCCCCACAGGAAAUAGUUCAGCAGCUGGUCGGAAAAAGGAAGCAGGAAGUGGAUGGGGAACAUCAGGAAGACGCAGCCAUCGAAAAUGAGUCAGCAGUACAGAAUGAUGAAAGUAAGCGGAUAGCAGGGGAUUGCGCCGCGGAAUCAAAAGCUUCACCAUUGGCUGAAGACCUCAGUCCAAACGGCCACAAUGACAGCGGAUUUCAGUCGCCAACCAAUGAAGGUUUGGAUGAAGUAGAGCCACAGCUAAUCACAAAUGGUCUGGAGGAGGAGGACAAAACAGCUGACCCAGUAGAGGUUGAGUUGGUUUUAGAGCGGGGGGAGACGACCCUGCACAGUGACUCUGACGCUGGCGAUAACUGCGGAGAGAAAAUGACGCACGUGUCGGGUGUUAUUUGUGAGAUUUAAUUAGUGAGUGGAGAAUACUUUCAGAGUAAGGGCAGCAUUGUUUGCUCGUACAUGGACCUGCUACACAAAUACAGCUCAGCAGCAUAUUUUCUCAUCUUCUCCCACCCUCAUUUGGAUUAUGACAUUUCCUCAUAAAUUGUUUUGUCUCAUAUUUUCUCUACGCAGUUUGCUAAACAUCAAAUCUGAAACGUUUGCAUAUCUUGCUCCUGAUGAUAACGAGGAAUUGGACACAUAUGGUGUCGUUUAACCGAAACACUGCUGAAUUGAGUGUAGUUUCACACGCUACAGAGGCCCCGUGGACGGCACAGAAGGUCUGUUGGCCCAUUGUGACCACCAGAGUCGUCUGUUGUUGGUGCAGGGAUCGUUUCCUUUCUAUCAUUUCAUUAUGACAGGCUUUACUUAAACAGUAGGGGGCACUGUAAUCAACUUUUACACACCAAAAGCUGAAUUUGAUGGCUGUCAGAUUUAACCGUGUUAUUUUUUUAUUUGUAAAGUUUGUUUUUUUUUAAGCGUAUCUUUUAGCCAUAAAUGGCCUCGAUGGGUCAAUACGAUGUUGUUUCAGUGCAAACUGCCAGGCAAUGCUUUACAAUCACUAAUUCAUUUUACACCAUUUAAAAAAAAACAGCUUUAGUGUCCAUGUUUCUUGUAGCUUUACCUGUGUGUUUAGACAGCCAUCAACUUCCAACUGGGUGCUCUUUGUUUUAUACAGUCUUAGUGUGACUUACAUCUUUACUGGGAGUACAUCACAUCACAUCACAUUACCAGAUGUUUUGAUAGGGGGAAACGUCCUGUCACCUUAUGGUGGUUUUGUUUAGUAGGAAACACCUAAGCAGCAAUUUGAUAUUUAGCUAUAAUGCACAAUUCAUUACAUCAAGCAUUACAAUGACUUUAUUUUUAUAUAUAUAUUCUAUUUAUUGUAAUUCCUGCCGACUGCUAAAAUCAAAACUAAGUUUUUGUAAUAUUUUAUUGCAAUAAACUGUGCAUCAGGUUAUCUUGAAAGUUGUUUUUCUUAAAAUGGGUGAACUUGCUUAUCAUGGGUGUCCGGGUAGCGUAGCGGUCUAUUCCGUAGCCUACCAACACGGGAAUCGCCUGUUCGAAUCCCCGUGUUACCUCCGGCUUGGUUGGGCGUCCCUACGGACACAAUUGGCCGUGUCUGCGGGUGGGAAGCCGGAUGUGGGUAUGUGACCUGGUCGCUGCACUAGCGCCUCCUCUGGUCGGUCGGCGCACCUGUUCAGGGGGGCGGGGGGAACUGGGGGGAAUAGCGUGAUCUUCCCACGCGCUACGUCUCCCUGGUGAAACUCCUCACUGUCAGGUGAAAUGAAGCGGCUGGCGACUCCACAUGUAUGGGAGGAGGCGCGUGGUAGUCUGCAGCUCUCCCCGGAUCGGCAGAGGGGGUGGAGCAGCGACCGGGACGGCUCAGAAGAGCGGGGUAAUUGGCCAAGUACAAUUAGGGAGAAAAAAAAAGGGGGGGGGACUUAAUCAUCAUGAGACAAUACAUUUUAUUGGUCAUGGGUAUGUGAAUAUUUUCUCUGCAAUGUCUAUGUAGAUGCUAAUUAGUGUGUUCACUAAAGUUUGCAAUAUUGACAAGGGUGCAUUGAGUACAGUAGUUUUUCAGUGGUCUGUGCUGUUCACCCGCAACCUUUUUGAAAUAUCUCCUGGUGCUGACUCAAAAUGCACCUUUUUGAAUUAUUCACUGCCGCUGUGUAUAUUUGGGAAAGAUUUUGUAUUGACUAGGCUAUGAUGUUGUGGCCUUUAAAGGUCUUUCUAUGUGUAUUUAUUAUAAAACUACAUGUGGCUUAAGAUGCAGUUGUCCCCUACGGCCCUCUUCACUUCUAAGUGCUUAUAUCUUACUUAGAUAAAGCAAUACUCAUGUAUGGUUAGGUAAAUAAACAACAUGA